UCCAACUCGUCGCCCUUGAGCCAUCCCAGUCCUCUCCAUCAGGAACGACGCGGCCGCGACGUGAAAGGGUGCACCACUCGCAUGCGUGUACAGACUACGACGGACUCGCGACGGAAUGGAAUGCGCCGGUCACCGCCUUGCGGCACAAUACGAGAUGCCACAACAUUUCAAUCCACUCGUUGUGAAGCAUUCGAACGAAGGGUGGCCGUGCCGACAUGGAGCGAUGGAGCUGUUCCGUCGACGAAAUACACACAGGCAAUGCGAGGGGCUCAGUUUUGAUGCGAAAUGCCCCUCGACCGUGUGAGUUUUCCAUGCCAGCUCCCCACGCGAUCGUGUGAGAGACCACCCCGAUGGCGAUCCAUCGCAUUGGCAGAACGGACUCGAUGCAGCCCACGUCGAGAAGUGGAGCUGAUACCUGUUGGCGAGCCGCCGCCGCACAUGGAGUGCCUCGGCUUCGUCCAAUCUUCAGAUACACCCCACCGAGCACUCCCCCGCGACGGUGUCGUGGAAAACAUAAACUCGUCGACAUGUGUGGCCGGAACGACCUGGUGGAAGUGCGUGGAUGCCUAGUCCGCGACAUGCAAUGUCGUCGGGAGCCGUCCUGUCGCACUUGUGGGAAUCGAUGGACCGACUCGAGCGCGCGCUCAAGCGCGUCAGCGGACGAGCUGCCCGACAUGCGUGAACUCGAAAAUGAUUUACCCGGUCGCGGUCCGCGUCGAUUUUGCGAGCAAACGCUGCAAACGUCGCGUUGGUAGGU